GAGCCGCAGGAGCGCGUUUGGUGAGGCGCGCCGAGCACGCGCUCGCGAUUCAGCCUGCAGCGUAUUCUGAAGACGCUGGGACAAGAACACUGACAUUUCAUUUGAUCAUUUGGACAUAAUUUUCUAAUCCAGUCUUAAAACAACAAAACCUAAACUUUUCUUUGCUGAAAUGAUUUUUCUCUGAUGAUUUAUGGAUCAUGGAUCCUCUCUUCAUCACUUCGCAAAACUCGAGCGGCAACGGGACCAACGGCUCACUGGUGAAUGACACAGACGUGUUCUCGAACCAGUUCGUUCAGCCGGUUUGGCAGAUAGUUUUGUGGGCCAUCGCAUACUGCUGUAUAGUUCUGGUGUCAGUUGUUGGAAAUAUCACUGUCAUCUGGAUCAUUUUAGCGCAUAAGCGCAUGAGAACUGUUACCAACUCUUUUCUGGUGAAUCUUGCGUUCGCAGAGGCGUCAAUGUCGGCUUUCAAUACCGUUAUUAACUUUGUGUAUGCAGUACACAACGAAUGGUACUUCGGACUUAUUUACUGCAGAUUUCACAACUUCUUUCCAAUAGCAGCUGUAUUCGCAAGUAUUUACUCAAUGACGGCAAUAGCCCUGGACAGGUACAUGGCUAUCAUCCACCCACUCCAGCAGCGCUUGUCGUCCACUGAGACCAAGUUGGUGGUGGGGGUGAUCUGGGCCCUGGCGCUGCUCCUGGCUUUCCCCCAGUACUAUUUUUCAAGCACAGCUCAGCUGCCAGGACGUGUCGUGUGCUACAUCAACUGGCCAGAGUACAGCGUGUGGGAUUUUCAAAAGACGUAUUACGUCUGCGUGGUUGUGCUUAUUUACUUUCUACCUUUGCUCAUCAUGGGUUGUGCUUACCUGGUGGUAGGAUGCACUCUCUGGGCCAGUGAGAUACCUGGAGACUCUUCAGACCGCUAUCGAGAGCAGCUAACUGCCAAACGGAAGGUGGUGAAAAUGAUGAUCGUUGUUGUGUGCACCUUCGCCGUCUGCUGGCUGCCCUACCAUGUCUACUUCCUGGUGCACCAGUUCCUUCCUCACUUGUUUGAGGAACCCUACAUCCAGCAGGUGUACUUAGGAAUCAUGUGGCUUGCCAUGAGCUCCACCAUGUACAAUCCCAUCAUCUACUGUCUUCUCAAUGACAGGUUUCGAGCUGGAUUCCAACAGGCAUUCCUCUGGUGUCCUUGUGUCCCUCGAGGCUCUUAUGAAGGUCUGGAGCUCAAGUCAACCCGCUAUCUUCAGACACAGGCCAGCAUUUACCGCACCAGCCGAAUGGAGACCACAGUAUCCACAGUCAUGCCGGUUGGCGAGGGGGACCUUCAGGAGAACACAAAUCGAAGUUCUAUUGAUCUCACGUCCAAUGGUUCUUCACAAAGCGCCUCAAAGACUGUAUCAGAGUCCUCCAUCUUCUAUUCUAGUAACAACCUUGCAUAAUGUAGAAAAUACUUUCAGUGUUAUAGUACCAAUCCUGUGAGGAGAAGUGCAAAGAUUCAUGUUCCAGGGAAUGCUGUGAUGUGAGGUACAACAAACAUAUGGGGAAGGAAGGCUAAUGUGUGGAAACAUCUUAGUAUAUUGGUCAAUAUAUCAUCUGAACAGCAUUGUCAUAGUCUGUGGAGGAUUCAUAUUGUCGUGAGUUUUACUACUCAAGGCAGCUGGCUAAUUAUCCUCGUAAGAGUUCGCCCAACAACUUAGCCUAUCGCCAUUUGCUCCAGGAGUCCAGGACCCAGUGGGUUUGUUUAGGAAAACUUGACCAGCUGAUGCCCUUGGAAACGAUCUGUUCGUCAUUACUGCCGGUUGUUGAUGAUACGAUAGCCAGCGUGACGACGUGGCAAGGUUUGCACCUGUUGUUGCAUAUUACUGGACCAUGUAGGCGACAAUGUAAAGGAUUUGUUUGGAAGGCAGAGGGUCAUGUUAAAUAUAGCACAGAGAGAGAAAAUAAAACGGAAUUUGUACUAACAUAGCUACUUCCAUUUAUAUCACUAUACAGUAAUCCUCUGUUAAAUCCAGAGUUUACUAUUAUCAUCAUGUUACAUUUACAUUAUACAUUUAGAAAUUGAGGAGUACAACAAACGAUGCAUCUUAAACAGGCAAUAAACACAAGAAGUGCUAGUAAUACAAAGUUUCAGCCAUCAUUCAGAAUAGGACAAGCUAGAAUAGGGAGGGAUUAAAGAAUAGUGAAAGAACAGACGAAGGAAUAGUGAAAUAGAAUUUUUUUUCAGCAGGCUGCAGUUAAAGGGUUAGUUCACCCAAAAAUGAAAAUUAUCCCAUGAUUUACUCACCCUCAAGCCAUCCUAGGUGUAUAUGGCUUUCCUCUUUCAGAUGGAAAGAAGAGAUGUAUUUAAAAAUAUCCUUUACAUCCAUUAUAAAAAGUAAUCCACACGGUUCCAGGGGGUUAAAGGGUUAGUUCACCCAAAAAUGAAAAUUCUGUCAUUAAUUACUCACCCUCGUGCCGUUUUACACCCGUAAGACCUUCGUUGAUCUUCGGAACACAAAUUAAGAUAUUUUUGUUUAAAUCCGAUGGCUCCGUGAGGCCUACAUAGGGAGCAAUGACAUUUCCUCUCUCAAGAUCCAUAAAAGUACUAAAAACAUAUUUAAAUCAGUUCAUGUGAGUACAGUGGUUCAAUAUUAAUAUCUCAAUUUGCGUUCCGAAGAUUAACAAAGGUCUUGCGGGUGUAAAACGGC